ACAUCUCACCGUUAGAUGGCGAAAGUGUAGCAAUGGCGGAUGAUCGUCACCCCCUUGUUGGAGCAGUCGACGAAGGGACCAGCAGCACUCGAUUCCUGAUCUUUGACAGCAAGACAGCUGAGUUAUUGACAUAUCAUCAGUGCGAGUUCCCACAGAUUUAUCCGAAGGAAGGAUGGGUUGAGCAGGAUCCUAUUGAGAUCCUCAAAGCAGUUUAUGAAUGCAUUGAAAAAGCCGUGGAGAAUCUAAAGGCCUUGAACAUUGACCCCGGGGAUAUAAAAACUAUCGGCGUGACAAACCAAAGAGAGACGACGGUUGUUUGGGACAAGAUUACUGGAAAACCCCUGCAUAAUGCUAUCGUGUGGUUGGAUUUGAGAACGUCAUCAACUGUUAAGAAACUUCUUGCUAAAACUCCCGGUGAAAACAAGGACUAUUUGAGGCCGAAAUGUGGUCUUCCGAUUUCAACGUACUUCAGUGCCUUGAAACUGCGUUGGUUGAUUGAUAACUGCCAGGCCGUCCGAGAUGCUAUCAAAGCGGAAACAUGUAUGUUUGGUACUGUUGAUUCGUGGUUAUUAUGGAACAUGACUGGUGGAACUGAAGGUGGCAUCCACAUAACGGAUGUGACCAAUGCUAGUAGGACGAUGUUGAUGGAUAUUCACAGUCUCAAAUGGGACAAGCAGUUGUGCAAGUUUUUUGAUGUGCCGAUGUACAUCUUGCCCGAGAUUAGGAGUUCCUCUGAGAUUUAUGGCCACCUGACGGUGGGCUGCUUGAAGGGACUACCCAUAUCUGGGAUUCUUGGAGACCAACAAGCCGCCCUGGUCGGACAGUGCUGCUUCCAGAGCGGCCAAGCCAAGAACACGUACGGGACGGGAUGCUUCCUGUUGUAUAAUACCGGUCCCAAUGCUGUGGUGUCUGAGCAUGGCCUCCUGACAACGGUCGGGUAUCAGCUGGGCAAGGAUAAGCCGGUCACGUAUGCAUUAGAGGGCUCGAUAGCUGUGGCGGGUGGCGCUGUCCGGUGGCUGAGAGACAAUCUCGGGAUUAUUUCGUCAUCGGAUGAAGUCGAAACCCUGGCCGCUAGUGUUGAUACAACACAUGGAUGUUACUUCGUCCCGGCAUUCUCCGGCUUGUUCUGUCCAUACUGGCAGAGUGAUGCUAGGGGAAUCAUGUGUGGCCUGACGCAGUUUACAAACAAGUCUCACAUUGCCAGAGCCGUCCUUGAGGCUGUCUGUUUCCAAACUAGAGAGAUUCUUGAAGCCAUGAACAAGGACAGUGGUAUCGCGAUGGCCUCUCUUCAGGUGGAUGGUGGGAUGACAAAGAACAACCUCCUCAUGCAGCUACAGGCUGACAUCACUGGGAUUCAAGUUGUGAAGCCGUCCAUGCCCGAGACGACUGCUCUCGGCGCUGCAAUGGCUGCCGGGGCUGCCGAGGGGAUUAACGUAUGGAGCCUUGCGCCUGAAGAUCUAACAACGAUAACAACCGAGAAUUAUCUGCCACAUAUUUCUGCCGAUGAUCGUGACGGCAGAUUUGCCCGUUGGAAGAAGGCGGUUGAGAAGUCGAUGCAUUGGGCAGAGUCGGAGACGAGUGCUGACACAAGCCUAUCCAUCGGUGGCUCCGCACCCAUAGGACUAUUCAUCUUCUUAGGAUUCGGCCUUGCUAUACUUGUCGACAUCACAUCGAAGAGAUGACGAUAGCGGACCUUAGGAAGAUAAGAUUUUUAAACCCACCGAUGUGUUCAGGAGGAAAAACUGCUGGAUGUUGACGCAGACAUUUUGGAUAGAAAAGGACUUAAAGUAUCUGGAGAGGCUUCAAAUCCACCGAACGAGUUCAAAGGGCGUCACCCUGUGAUAAACAAGGCUGUCUUCAGCGAUAAUGAUAGCUGGACUUGGGGAAAUGAAAACCCACUGUGCUGUGUUCAGUGGUAGAGAUACUGGCACGCAACAAUGGGAAAUCUUCUCCGGGCUGUUUGUAAAGAUAUCUGAAUUGAAACACCUCCUGUGCUGCUAAAGGGUCACAAUAUCUGAAAUCAGGAAUUGCAACCGACUGCGCUGUUCAGUGGCACUGGUUGUGUGGUUACUGCCAAGAUGCUGCGUGCAGGGCAAGACUACUAAAUGAGGGUAUCGACACCAUGUGGGAAACAUUUGCCUUGGUCAAACGCACAAUGUCCCAUACCCUCAUUUCAAGAUAGUGACUCCGGCACAACUGUAUAAAUUGGUAAUUAUGUUCGGAUUGUCAGUGGCACGUGAUGUCUUGAACUUAUUGCAUCAUAUCUGAGGAAACGAUGUGUUUUUUCACAGACGUCCGGACAGGCCCGAUUGGUGAACAAUGUCGUGUGUUAAUUUGCUUGCCUUAUCAGAUGCUGCACUCCAACAUAGGAAUAUAUUCUAUUGGGACAGAGAGGAAGUUUCUUCGGUGAGCUUUAGGUAGCUAUGGUACUGACACUAACCAAGGUGUGUUGAGUCCCCAGUAAAAGAACAGACAGAUGAUUCGAACUCCUGUGCUAAAAGGCAGACGGAGACAAUGGUAACAUUGUAGAGAAAUAUGUUGUUUUGUAGUGUUAAGAUCACUCAAGCCAAAGAUCAACAAUCCUAGAGUGAAAGCUUUCAAUAGGCUAACCGCUGCACCGAAGACCUUGAAGGGCAUGGUGGGGCAACUUUGGGUGAUGUCAAGUGGAAGGUUUUGCAUUAUGAUCAUAACUACCUGCCCCUACGUACACAUUUGGUGGCUCUAUUUCUCAACUGAAGCUCCCUUGACGACUUUGAAGGAGUGCUUCCAAUGGUAGGUAGGUCAAUAUAUGUCAGGAUUGCUGGCAUCCACUUGGAAAACAUGAGCAAUGCCAACUUGAUAUGCUGAUUCAAGGAAAAUGACAAUUUUGUAAAGUAAGAUAUUUUAUUCAUUUUAUAAAAAUGCAAUAUGUUGACAACUUCUGAUGACGUGGUUUAUACCUGGAUGAA